UGCUUUUGGCACCUCGCUGCCCUUCCCUGGUGCCGCUCCGGACCUUAUCGCCGUCUCGCCGUUACUCCUCCGCGCGCCCCUAGCGCAAUGCACCUGCCAGCGCCGCUCCCGCCCACCUCCGCGCCCUCCCCGACUCCCCGAGCCCCCCUCGUCCCGGGGGCUCUCCGCAGCAGCGGCCGCCGCCGCAGGCGCAAGCCGCCCACCACUUCCCCGUCCAUCCCCGGCGCCCAGGCCGAGCAGCCGGAUGCCCUCGCCCUCAUCCUCCGUACCGAGGCCGCCGUCUCGGGCGUCUCCCGCAAGGCCGCAGCCGCGCGGCAGCAGUCCACGCGCCUCUGGCCCCGCGCCGUCCUCGAGGCCCUCGAUGCCGCCGUCGCCUCCUGCCGCUGGGAGCCCGCCCUCGAGAUCUUCGAGCUGCUGCGGAAGCAGCAGUGGUACGAGCCGAGGUCGCAGACCUACGCGCGGCUGCUGAUGAUGCUCGGCAAGUGCCGGCAGCCCGGUCCUGCCACCGCCCUCUUCAAGGCGAUGCUCUCGGAGCGGCUCAAGCCGACGGUGGACGUGUACACGGCGCUCGUCGGCGCGUACGGCUACAGCGGCUUACUUGAGGAGGCGCUGGCCACCGUCAAUCAGAUGAAAGGCGCCGCGGAUUGCAAGCCGGACGAGUACACGUUCUCCGUCCUCAUCGACUGUUGCGGUAAAUCGCGCCGCUUUGAUCUAAUUCCUGCUGUUCUUGAUGAGAUGUCGUACCUGGGGCUCGAAUGCAAUUCAGUUAUCCAUAAUGCGAUGAUUGAUGGGUAUGGUAAAGCCGGCAUGUUGGAGGAGAUGGAGAGUGCACUUUCCACUAUGCUUGAGAGUGGGAACAAUGUGCCAGACAUUUACACGAUGAACUCCAUCAUCUGGGCAUAUGGGAACUAUGGAAAAACAGAUGAAAUGGAGAAGUGGUACAGUGAUUUUGAGUUGAUGGGUGUUGAGCCAGAUACGAAGACGUUUAACAUCAUGAUCAAGUCCUAUGGUAAGGCUGGCAUGUAUGACAAAAUGAUGUCGAUAUUCAAAUAUAUGAAGAAACGGUUUUUCUCUCCAACCGCGGUUACCUUCAACAUAGUAAUAGAAUGCUUUGGACGUGCUGGCAACAUCGAAAAGAUGGAGUACUAUUUCCGGUUGAUGAAAAUUCAGGGUGUCAAACCCAACCCCGUCACUUACUGCUCGCUAGUUAAUGGAUACAGCAAAGCUGGGCUUCUUGACAAGGUUCCAGGAAUUAUUCGACAGACCGAGAACACUGAUGUUGUCUUAGAUACUCCAUUCUUCAACUGUGUGAUCAAUGCAUAUGCGAAAUCUGGAGAUAUCAAAAUAAUGGAGGAAAUGCUACAGCUUAUGAAGGACAAGAAAUGCAAGCCUGACAAAGUAACUUGUGCCACCAUGGUUCGUGCAUACACUGCACAUGGGAUGGAUGAAGCUGCAAGGUUGUUAGAGAUGGAAGUUGAAAGAUGCGGUAACAAACUGCCGGGAGCAGUUUUUGAGGUUGAUGGCGAAUAAUGCCUAAUCCAAGAUUGGAGAAAUAUGAUGCGAUGCAGAAGGACCGUUGGAGAAUAUGUCUUUAAACCCAUAACAGGGUCUGACCAAAAGGAGUGCACCCAAUUGGUUCAUAUUUAGUGUCGCCGCACAACAUGACAUGUGGUCAGUUUGGUCCAUUGUGGUGAAGCCAAGGUUAAGGCGUGCUACUUAUAUUUCUUUGUCAGGACCACCUCAUCUACUCCCCGAAUGAUGGCCUGAUCCUGCUGGACAUAUUGCUGUAUUGUUACAUCUUCCAAGUGGGACUGUGGGAGGUUGGGGAUGCAGAGAAUGGGAAGCAGCGUGGAUGCCACUGUCAGCUCAUGAGUAAAUCAUGGGGGAGCCGCGCACAGGACGCAGGAGUUGCGUUGCGGACUUGGUUGAGGUGUAACCAAUUAGCGCCGCUGGUCCUUCACACGCGGAGCAACUACAGUGGUCAAUUGUUGCUGAACGUUUGCUGCUGAUGAAGUGGUGAAACCCUGAAACUGUAAUAUAUGCGCAACCUUAUGUGCGCUUUCAGGGAGUAAAUUGAUGCGUGCUGUCUAGUUUCAUGUC